UCAAGUUUGCGGUCGACCUUUAGGAGCCUCAUAAUUGUACAGGUGGCCCUAGUUGGAGUCACUCUUAGCCCUGGAUCCUGAUGGCUUCGCCGGUGCCUGGCCAAUUUCAGCCGAUUUCACCGGGGCAUGUGACUUUCCAGGUCAGGGUUCGGGGCAUGCAGCAGGAUGACUUUCUCUGCUUGGUUGGAGAGCCAGAAGAACUGGGAGCUUGGAAGGAAACCAAGGCCCUGGUGAUGUCUCCCACUGAUAGGUAUGAUAGGUUGAGGUGGUCUGUCCAGCUACAGGUGGCGCCUGGGAGGAACAUCAAGUACAAGUACCUCCGUGUGUCCAAGGACAAGGAUGGCCAGUGGGUGCAGUGGGAGGAGGGCCAGGAUCGGGAGUUCUGCUGGAACGGCGCCAGUGUGGCUCACGAUGAUGGAGACAUUCAUGGCUUUGACGCCCGGCUCCAGCUGCCAGCCAAGACCACGGCGAGGACAAGUCAUGGUGACAACAGUGUCAAGGCCCACGUCAGCUGGAUGAAACACGAAGAGGUGCCAAAACACCAGUGGACCUGCGACAUGUUUGACCAGAUGGGUUUGGUCCUAAAAGAUGUGGAGAGCAGGUUUGAGAAGAACAUCUCAGAUUUGUCGAGCAGGUUUGAGAAGAACAUAUCAGAUUUAUCUCGUCGCAUGGAGGAGUCAGAGACCUUCCUGAAGCAUCACAGGCGUAUCCUGCUGACACUGGAGAACAAGCUAGAUGAUGUUGAUGAAAAGGUUGGGCACGGUAACUUCUUGCAGUUGAUUGAGCAGGGCCUGCAAGAUUCCAAGCUUUCCCAGAAGCACCAGGACUUGGAGCACGAUGUGGCCUGCUUGCAGCAAAGGAUGCGCAACUUCUCCGCCCUGAUCGCAUCAAAUGACCUCAGGUUUCAGAAGUUUCAGGAUGUCAUGGAUUCUCACGCCAAGUCUUUGGCAGGGCUGAAAGGCCAGCUGAGUCACCUCCCCAACUCUCGGCCGACCUCAGCGAUUGGCUCAGAGCUGAAAGACUUGGAAAGUCAGCUGACUGCUAUGACUGCUCUGAGCCAAGUGCAGAAAAGCUCCGGAGACAGGACUUCCGAGCCUUCCGAGCCUUCUGCGCCUGCUUCAGUGCCUAGCAAAUCGACCUCAGAGGCUGCCCAGGUUGACUCCCUCGCCUCCGCUCCAUCAAAAGCUCAGAACAAGGCCUUGAAGGCAUGGGACGAGCGGUGCGGGAAGGAGGCACCCAGGCGAAGGAGCAUCAGCAUGCCCAAAUCGAUGGUGUCCAAGGCUUCCAAGGUGAGGGCUCGCUCACCCUUCGUUGGCUUCCAAAUCCCCCAGAAACCGCUGGAUGAGGCCAUGAGGAAACUCUGCUUGGAAGUGGAAGAAGAGCUUCACCAAGCCGUAUCGCAGGACUUCUCCGCGGAGGCCCGUGAGAAGUUGUUGAAGAGGCUUUGGGUGAAGGUCCAUCCAGACAAGUUGUUGGAUCAAACAGGGAAACGGAGGGAAGCCUUCAAUUGGUUCGAAGACUGGAAGGGUAUCCACAUCAUCUGGUACUAUCGGCCUCAUGCAGUACCAGAGGGAGAUCGGAAGUACUUGCCAAAGGACAGCAAUUGGAAGUUGAAUUCAUGAGUGGCCGUGUGCCACCAGCCGCCUGGCGCCUGAAAGUCAUUGAACGUCCGGGAUGGCUGGAGCCGAAGCACCGAUCUCUCUGCAGCUAAAGUGAGUCGCUUGCUGUUGAGGGUUACCAUCUCAACAGAUCUUGAAGUCCUGAGGAAAAAAAAG